AUAGCGAUGGGUGGUGGUAUUGAGUUGUUGAUGGUGUGAUAAUUGAUGAGUAUCUCAAUUGUGGCAAAACCCUCGGGCUCCAAUAGUGCUCGGUAAUGGUGAGUGUUCAUCCGUGAAUGCUGGUGGCGAUGAGUAGUUAUCGAGAUGAAUGGCUUGGGCAUGAGAUGCGAGGUUGAUGGCCGUAAUGGUGCAGUUAUGCGGCGGUGAGACAUGGUAAGUCACAAGGUUAGCAAUGCUUUGUGGCGAGUGCUCAGGAAUGAUGGGUGAUUAGGACUCCGACCUUUGCCAUGAGAUCAUACUGACAUGGUCUUUUCAGCUUUUAUGGUUGGUUACUCACUGGUAAGUUUCUGCAACAAAGGGUUUGCAGAAAUCGGCGAAUGGGGAUAUUUAUCAACAUGUAUUAUUAAUUUAACCACGUUAUUUCAUGUCCUUUGUGAAAUUACACUUACAACUUGAAAUGCACGAAUUUACGCAUGAGUGUUGAGAAGUUCCCGACGACUCACUCCGGAAGCUGAGGUAAGUUAAGGGCUUUCGCCUUAGGUUUCUUACAGAUCUUAACAGCACACAGGGGUGAACAACUUCCCAGGGGUUAUGGGUUCCGGGCUGGGUCCCGACACAGCCGGCUGCCUUGUGCGGUCUCCUCUGCGCCGGCCGUGGGAUCGGCCAACACGGCCGACCGAGGAGCACAGCCACGUCCAGCCUGGCACUGUGCCCUCUCCCCUAUCCCUACCCUCUUGCCCCUGGCUUCCCACGUUCCAGCCUUCUCCGACCCUACUCUCCAGCUACGACCCCGCUGACGUCACGGGGUCCCCCCUUAAUCCUUGAGCCGUGACGUCAUUCUGCUGCCCCGAGCUCAUGACGUCACGUCUUGCGACGUCAUCGCACUGGACAGCGCACGUGACGCCACUUACUCAUUCUACAAUAGCAAGCAAUACGUAGAAAAAGUAAUGACGUAAUUUUCUCCAAAUUGAAAACCCAACCGAAACAAUGUUCAAUUAUUGGGACCACUCGAGUAGCAAUCUAAAGGACUAUUCAUGAGCAACACUAGAUUGUAAACGGGUGCCAAAAGUCUUAGCACAGCCAUUUACAACCAGCGUAGAGUUCAAAGCUUUUGUGGCGUCGUAUGGUUAGCUGUAAGAGCUGUAAAUCUAGAAUUAGCUGUAAGUGCCUUAUAAUGUAGGCUUCCUGCUAAAGUACAAAUUACAGAAGAUCAGCAAAACCAUUAACUUACAGGGACUGGUUUAAUCUCCCUCUCACCCUUAGUGGCAAAUAAGCUUUGCCCUAGAAACAAUCGUCAGUGAUAUUGUCACGUCUGCAUCACCGUUCGGGUAAGAAAAGAAGUGAAGUUAUAUCUACACAGCAAAUUCGUGCCUAGAGCAGUACUUUGAUUUACACCUAGAGGCUGUUAUGAAUUGGCCUUUAAACACAUUACAAGGUUGAAAAUCUUAAUGCAUUAUCUCUGUACCUAACAGGGUCAAUGGAACGACUACAGAUACAAUUAUUCUGGAAAGGGUGACAAGCCCUGCAUAUAUCCAUUACUAUCUUAAGUUUGGCCUCGCAUCAAGUGAUGAGAGGCAGCAAGGGGCACACCAAAUUCUGCUUCGUCUGCCUCCUGACGACCCUGCUCUUCCACGGCCACUGCUGCAAUGAGGACCACGGCCACUCUCAUGAUCACCAUGGCGUGAGCCCCGACUCGGCCCAGCAAUACGAGGACGACAACGGGCACGGGCACGCCUUACACACGCGUGAUGACCCACGGGAUGCCAACCCCCCUGACGCGCAGCCAGCCAGCGACGGGGGGGACGGCAAUCGCGGCGACCCCCACCACGACUACCAGAUCAGCGAGGAACCCUACCCGAGCGGGAACACGAGGCAGAAGCCGUCUGUGAACCCAGUAGCAGCGGCGAAGCAAAAGUAUUAUUUGCAGCUUCUGUUCUUGCGGUACGGCUCCGACAAGGGGCUUACUUUCCAGGGACUGGAGAAGCUUCUGGUUAGCCUAGGACUGGGGGUUGUGCGUUUUCCUGAAGCAGGCUUCAGAGCUGCACACACCAGCAGUCACUCCAACUCGCAUGACGGAGGCCAUGCACAUGUUCAUGCUCGUGGAAAACAGGAAGAGCAGGGCGAUCAUGGUCAUGGCAAAGGUCAUGGCCAAGAGCACACGAGCAGUAAUGUGCACGAGCAGCAGAAUGAAAAUGAUCAAGCUGUCGCGUAUAAACACACACAUGAAGAAGUACAUGCUCUUGAACAAGACCCAACACCUGAACACAAACGCCCACAGGAUCAUAACCAUGGAGUCGGCCAUGACCACAUUCAUGAGCAGAACCAUGAUCACACACACGAUCAUGACGUUGCCCACAAUCACGAUAAAAGCAGGCAUGGUCACAACCAGGCUACGGGAAAUAACUCUGUUCCUGAACACUCCAUUGGCAGUACAAAGACUCCUAUCACACAGCACUUGCACGUGCAUGUCCACGCACGUGUAGAAAAUGACGGACUGACGGAGAGUCGGUAUGUUCAUGCACGCACAGAUGCCAGCCCUCUAAAUGGCACCAGUAGUCAACCAAGUAGCAGAGGGGGGGGACAGUCUCACAUGGUAAGCAGACAGUUCGUUCCACACAAGCCCACAUCCAGUAAUGGCACAGAAAUGCUUGUCAGUCAAACAGAGAUUCCACGUGCCGCACAGCGUCUCAUGCAAAAAUCCCCAAAACCAUCUCGGAGGAGAAUAAAGCAACACAUUGGGAAGAGUCAAACAAGCACUGCAGGAACUGCUGCAGCUGCGACCCAGGAGUCUCCAUCAAGCACAAAGCAGAUUGAGCAAUGGUUAGAAAGGGUACAGAGACACUUGGGGCGUGAUGCUGAUAAUCACCACGACAUCGGGGAUCACAAUGCACUGGAGCUGCACGCAAUGGCUGAAAAAGGGCAUGUGCAUGAUGAGUGCCUGAACGCGAGUCAACUUUUCCAAAACUUUGGCUUGGAUGUAGAUAGUGCUGUGAUCAACACUGAACUGUUCUCCUACCUGUGUCCAGCCAUACUCUACCAAAUUGACAGUCAGGCCUGUCUCAAACACCCAGAGCCUCCCAACAAAAUUGAUUUGCCACUAAGCACUGACUCCAACAUGCCAGAUGCGUCUGCCUGGGGCUGGGGCUUCCUUUCCAUCACCAUCAUUUCCAUGCUAUCUCUGCUGGGCGUGGCCAUUGUGCCGAUGAUGAACCAGGUGUUUUUCAAGUACCUGCUGACCUUUUUGGUUGCUCUGGCUGUGGGCACGCUGAGCGGUGAUGCCUUGCUGCACCUUCUGCCCCACUCGCAAAACUCGCAUUCACAUAAUGGACAUGAUGACCACGACCACAUCCUGGACAGUGACGAGCAUCUGGACGGAAUCUGGAAGGGCCUCACUGGCCUAGGUGGUAUUUACCUCAUGUUUAUUGUGGAACACUUGCUGGCACUUUUCAAGCACUACAAACCAGAUAAGAACAAAAAAAAGAAGAAAGGGCGCAAGGUUAAAGAUGCAGAGAAGUGUGUUGGAAGGAAAUUGUCCAACCACAACCUGUCUGGCAAUACAGAACUUGAGCUGAUCUCUGUGAAGCAACACAAUAACCACCACCACCACUACUCUUGCGACGUGAAUGGUGCAGCAACACAUGCAUCCAAGUCACACGAGGACCAUCAUAACCAUUCCGUGCCUCCGGAAGAGGAGGCCAUGAUCUGCCAUGGGUCACACGAUGAUGAAGACGAUCACUAUCAUGAUGAGCAACCGCAGAAGCAGCCAGUGGGAGCUCAAGCAGAUGGAAAACAGGUUGGUGGUUACGACAUGUCCGACGGAGAGGCGGCUACGCCUACCAUGACGACCUCGGCCUCGGGGGUGUCGGACAAGUCGAGCAACCACCACCACCAUCACCACCACCACCUGCACCAUCACCAUUCGCAUGGGCACUGCACGGGAGAGGAGGAGGCGGUGGAGGACGUGCGCGAUGCCGGGGUAUCCAGCAUCGCGUGGAUGGUCAUCCUUGGCGACGGCGUGCACAACUUCAGUGACGGCCUGGCCAUCGGGGCUGCAUUCAGCGAUAGUACCAGUGUUGGACUCAGCACCUCAAUCGCUGUCUUCUGUCAUGAGCUGCCUCAUGAGCUUGGUGACUUUGCAGUCCUGCUUAAAGCAGGCAUGUCAGUGAAGCAGGCUAUUGUGUACAAUCUGCUGUCAGCAUUGCUGGGCUACCUGGGCUUGGUCAUUGGCACGGCGGUGGGGCAGUACACACACAGCGUCACCACCUGGAUCUUUGCUGCUACGGCUGGGAUCUUUCUCUACGUGGCUCUUGUGGACAUGCUUCCUGAGAUGCUGCACUGUGAGGUUGACAGCCACAGCUAUGGAAGACUCGGCUGCUUCCUGCUGCAAAACCUGGGGCUGCUGAUGGGUUUUGGCAUUAUGCUGGUUAUCGCACGGUAUGAAGAGCACAUCAAGAUAGACUUAGGCCCCUGAGCAACAGCAAGUACCCCUGUGGCCGCCCUGCCCUUCGUUCGGGCCACUGGUCCUCUCCUGCAAGCUCUAAUUUCCAGAUGCCACCGUGUUGCUGUAUUAUUGGUGUUGGUCUCUCUGCCCAGUGGCCAGAAAUUGUAGUUUAUUUUGCUCCCCCUAUAUAAAAUAUACGAUGUGGUCUUUGGCAUAUUCACCUGAUAUUCAUUACAGAAAUCUGUAUUGUGAUCUGGAAUCUUAACCAUGACAAUGUUACAUCAAAUCGGCUUGAUUGUUUGAUCCAGUAUAAAACAUUAUUAAGAAGAGCCAUUCUUUAUAUUUAAGUCACGGUAUGCUUACUUAGAAAAAAACAAUCUGGCUGCCAGCUGUUGAAAAAAUGUGAUUGGUUGGCUUGAACCAAUGUGAUAAAUUACCUGUGCCAUCCAUUUUCUGUGGAACUUUUACUACUUAAAACAAUAUAAAUAAAUGUCUUAAGUUUUAGAUGUGUUUGUUCCCCUAAUUGGGUGAUCAGAGGCACAUGCUAACUUAUAUUAGGCUUGCACUCCAUAUUUAUUGGCAUCAACACACUGAAAAAAUAUAUUGAUUUAAAGUAUUGAUAGGAGGCUUGGUUUAAUUUUUAACAUCAAUGAACUAGCGUUAGUGGAGAUAAGGCCGACUAUUUGUAUCGUGAAUAUCAUUACAUUCACUGUGGAAAACUGUUUUAUCACACUGGUUCCCUCUGCUAUAUAUCUAGGAGUUGUGUACUGUUUCACUGACGGUUCUGAGCUAUCAUUCAGAGCAUUGAGUGAUUGAUUGUGAUAAAAUUAAGAUUUGCUAAUUUGUAUAUGUCAGCAUAAUUUAAAGCAUGCUGGGCAAGACUGGUAACCUUCACAAGUUGCACUUAUUUUUCUUGAAGUCAACAUCAUUCAAAAUAUAACUUGUAUGCAGCAUACCGUGGCUUAUUUUUGUAUACUGCUUGCCAGUAUAUACGAGUCAGCACUUAACUGUUUUACCCGUUUUAAUAGUGUGCCAUAGACCGUAAUACCGUAAGUUUGUUGAUCCAUCACAUUAAUUGUUGAGAUGAAGGUGGGGAAUAGCGUUGAAUACUUGAAGGCUGGGAUGAUAGAAUAUUUUGUAAUCCACAGGGCUCCAUGGGAGAAGUUGGACAUUAUUGAGUGCAGGUUUUUCAAAAACAAUAUAAAAUUUGACCCCAAUACCUGGUCAAUAUCAUUUUUGAAAUGCAUGCGAGUAUGCAUCUACCCAAGUUGAUCAGCUCGUUCCUAGAGAUGAAUGGUAGCACAUUCUGCAGGUUGAAAAUUGAGGUGCCUCUUGCUUACUGUGGUGUCCUGAUUACGAAUGGAUGGUUCCUGCCACCUGCACAGCUGUCGAAACUGCAGGAAAACUGGAUAUUAUUACUGUUUUAUUUGUUAUUUUAUGUUCCUUUUGUUACAUAAAAAUGUGGAAGUGAUUAGUGGCAGCUGUUAACAGUAAAACUAUUGUAACCGUCUUGUCUGAUUUACAUGUUAGCAAAUGCUUUAGGGAGUAGUAUGAUGUUCAAAUGUAAUAGUUACGUACUGUUAGAGGAUGGCGUAAAUCACUUCAGCUAAAAGCUCUGUGGUUUUAGAGGUAGCGGUAGUGUUUUCUUAAACAAAACAAAAAUGACGUGUGGUGUUUUGCAUGGCUUGUGUGUGUCCUGCAGCCUUGUUUAAUGUUGCUUUUCUGUCCAGAGUAAAACAUUCCAUGGCAGCUGUACACUGUCUCGCAGUGGCCAAUGUCACCGACACCCCUGCCCUGAUGCAGUGUUAACUCGUGGAACACCAACUAUCUGUCAAUCCACCAUACUCAUUGUCACUGCUAAAAAAACCAAAAUCUGUCAUUUCUUAGCGAUAUCCCACAAGUGAGUUUUGAAACUUCGUCAGCAUUUUAGUUCAAGAACGGUGGCUAUUAAGGAAAUUUGCUUAGCAUUGGAUGCAAGUCAAGAACAAUACAAGUUAUCAUUUCAGCAGAGGUAGCUUCGUUUACAUAGGUAAGGCAACUGUAUAGGUACGUAUAUUGGUUAUAUUUUUGUACUCUGGGUUUGGCCAAAUAUGACUGGUUACACAAUUAUUUGUAUUUAUUUAACAUCUUUUGCAUUGAAAAAUGUUUUGUAAGUUUUUUCCUUGAUGCCAGAAAUAUCACUAGGUUUUGUUAGAUUAAAUUGUGGAAUAAAUCAUUCACUUUCACUUCAUAA